CCGAAUGACAUCAUAUUCAUUCACCAAAACCCAUCAAGUGGAAUUGAAAAACUGCUCGUUAAAUUUAUGUGCAUCGGGACUGCCGCUGAAAAGUGCCUUCGGUUAAUACCAUUUCUGGACGUCUUACGUCUCGUUACGACCGUUUCAAGGCGAUAGUUUUCCACGGGAACCGAGCUUUCGUGACUACGGGAAAAAAUAUGUGGAAAUAUAAAAGUUAUCGUUGCGUUCCGAAGAUAAACACGAACCGAGUUGUUAUUGUUUUUCUCCAAUCUCCGGCUGUAUCACACAAAACGAAUUUGAAAGUUAACAAUUCCCUUGGAUAAAGUGUUCCUGAUAAAGCUGCCGAUUGAGUGCUCCUCUAAAGUCUAAACGCGGUGUGUUGCACCUUGGAAGAUGUUCUUGAACUUUGUUUUUCGAUUGUGACUGUGUGAAUUGUGUACUGUAAAGGUGGCCGGUAUAGUUUCUUUCAGUUUCUUUGGAAUAUAUAUCGAAUUCGAAUCAGAUAAGUCACUAAUGGCUUCGAAUCCCUUGACCCCACACAUCGGACGGCCUCCCCUUCGUUUGCAGCCUCCAACUGCACCAUGAUGCCAGCCAAAUCCACACCGAAUCUUCACAACAGGGAACCAACAGUGAAACAACAGAACCUGUAUUCCUAUCUGCAGAAUCAGCAGUCGUUGAGUUACGGUAGCGCGGAAUCGGCAGCGGCGACUCCAAGAGAUGAGUCACCACCACCGGCACCUCCUGUUCGAGACUCCUCAACCCUCAAGUCCAUCAAGUACGGACCUGGCCACGAGAAGUUCCCGAGUUGGCCAGUGCCGGCCGCGGCGGAAACUCCGCAGGCCCUUAGAAAUCCACCAGGGGGCGGCUCUCACCGUUCGAAAUCAUGGACGGACCACACCAACUAUCCGAAGGAGAAGGUUGUUGCAUACAGCAGGCCAUACAUGAAGAAACAGCACUCCACCUACACCCAACAGAAGCUGAAAACUGUGAUGGAAAAAUGCGAGAAAAUCCCACCUGAAACUUACGAGUCCCGUUUCGACAAAGUUAAAGAGCGCAUCUUCCUGCCUCAGGUAGACCACGACGGAAAAACUCUAGGAGACAUGAACUACGCUGUGCCAUCGCCACCCGAAAGAGACGUUGCCAUGAAAUCCCAACUGACCCAGGAAGACCUGGAACACUACACCAGAAUAUACAACCAGGAGCCGAUCCAGUUCAACCUAAACGAGGAUAGAAGGAGUUCCCAUCAGCACCAACAUCUCACCCAGUCCGGUCUGGAACAGUUCAUGGAAUACAAUAAGAACUACGAAGAUUCCCUGUUCAAUUCGAUGAGUUCGAAGAGCGACGAGAGCAUCUUGACGCAUCUGCAUCAGAAACAGUUGUCUUACGCGCAGUCUGAAGGGUACCACAGCUACGUCUCCAGCACAGACUCCACAGCAACCCCUUUCUUGGACAGACUGAGGAAGGACAGUCACGCUGUCGUCAGAAGUAGCUCCUGGGAUGAGGCUGAGCAAGAUCAGAACUUGAGACAUGAAGGUAGAGACAGUGUAGUGACCACGAGUUCUGGCAGUGCUUCCUCGAGCGAGACUUUGAAAUGGCUGGGUUCCAUCAGUGACGUAUCGGUGGCCAGCAGUUCUUGCACCCAUCUUGCCAAUUCUUCUGUUGCCAGUUCGCGACAACUUAUCGCGCACAGUGCCAGGGUUCAAAUCCCGCAAAGACAUCAUUCCGAGAGUGUGCUCUACAUCAGUUCGGAGUCCCAGGACGUGUGGAAGGACAAGGAGUCGAGAAAUAAUAACACUAAUAAACUGAAACUCUUCGCGUUGAACACUUAUACUGUCCAGGAGAAAGAUGUCAACACGUCUUCGAGUUCCAAUAGGUCUUCUUUACAAUCGAUGCCGUCCAUAGCAGACAGAAUCAGCGAACUCGAGAAGCAACAGAAAUAUUCCUAUCUGGACCCUGACAAAAAACACAAGAUUCCAGACCCCACCCUGAAGGCUAUACAGAAAAAAGCCUUGCUUUCUUUCUAUGAACGACAUCACACCAACAGCACUAAAAACAAUUCUUGGCGUUCAGAACCGCAACUGGCCCAGUCUCAAGCAACCUUCGCCGUUCCACAACCACCGCCACGAAUAAAAGUACAAAUACCAUCGAGAAGAGCAUCGUCAGCUUCAGAUUACGCCUCCGGGACUAAUUCCAAGAGGAGCAGUAUGGCGUCUAGGGAGUCCAAGAUGUCGGAAUCUAUGUCGAAGAUCACGCCUAAGCACCAACACAGUAAUUCUUGCGGUAGUCUUUCCACAGAUUUACUAGGGCCUAUAAUAGUCGGACCUUCGAUAUCUUUGGAUGAUUGGGUGCCUAAGGGACCUCCUGAAAGACCUCCGAAAAACCCUCAACUGAGGAAUGCUUUUCCGGAGUUGUUCAACGAUCACAGGAUGUCUAGCCCUGACUUGCCUCCACCUUCACCUCCCACCGUGUUGGAAGAUGAAGUGUUCAACUGUGAUGACCCACUGCCACCUCCGCCACCUGAAUGUGAUCAAGAUUUCAACAGGCCAAUGAGAGAAGCUAAGUCCCAAGGUCAAUUCGCUGGACCUCAGGUGAGGAACACUAAGGCGGAAUCGCCAAUAAGACAAACCGUAGGUUUGCCUGAAAACAACGGCAGCUUCAUGAGUGUUGGAUGUCGCUCUAUAAAGACGAGACCAACCGAACAGAUCUUCCAUCAAGUUAGCAGCAAACCGUACAACGUUAUGAGUCCCGAUAAGAACAAGAACGACAGCUCCUUGGCUCACUCCAGUCAGAAGAGUUACGCAGAAAGAUCUGACACCAAGUAUCCCACCACCCAAAAAUUGGUCCUCAACGGAAUGGGCAACAUUGCAAUCAGUCAAAAUGUAUCCGCAUCGAAACAGUUCCCCACUCCUUUGAGGCCCAAGAUGCAGGAAAAGAGGUCGACUGGCGAUAUUCAGAGGAGGUCGUCUUUGGCAGACUCGAGUGAUAAUCCACCUCCGUUGCAACCUAGGCAGAUGAGGAUCAAUCAGAGCAUGAGGGUUAGCAGUUCCCACGAUAGGAAUUAUCCUCUAAGGUCCUCUCCACCCAAAGAUAUGAGAGACGUACGAUCUUCUGUUAGAAGCCAAUCAAAAGCUUCCGUUCUGGCAUCUAGACGAGACAGGGAUCGUGUAGUUCCAGAUUCUGAUACCGGAAGCUACAAACGUACGAUGUCUCCUAACGGUCAUGCCAUCCCAGCCGAGGUCUUGUCCGAAUCUCCGAAGAUCAACGCUAGGGAAACCAUGUGGCCGGUGAAAACCAAGAAGGAGCUGCAGAAGAACAACAACAACAAUAACAAUAGCAGCAACAUAUUCCGUAGGGUGUCUAUGAACGAAAAGCCAAAUAAAUCGAAGAGUUUCAAAUGUGAUGAAAAUGAAGACUUGAAAAAAGCCAGCUUGGUGUUGCCGGACGUACUCCCGGUGCACGCCUUGACCAACAGAUCUCAUUACGGUAGAACGUCCUAUCAGUUUACGACCUUGGAAGACGGCGAUGCGUCAAAAAGUCCACCUUCGUCUCCUUCCAAAAGUCCCCCUAGAGGUUCGCCGUUUGCGCCUCUCAAAGCAACUACUCUUUCCAGUACAACAUCCUUCAGUGACAGAGUUUCACCUCCUACAUCACGUGGGGUGACCACACCCGUGAGCGCCAGUUCAGUGAACACCCCGUUAAGAGUUGCAACCUACAGUACGGUGGAAACUUCGUCUCCCGUCACCACAGAUGCCCCAAAACCCGAAUCACCCAAAUUGAGUCCUCUAUCCACCAAGACGACGACACAGAGUGGAGUCUCGACGUCGCCUUCUUUUCCUUCUCGAACAUCACCUCAAAUCAAGCAACAGCUAUCGCCUAGUUCUCCGAUGAAGCUGUCGCCUUUGAGGAUAUCACCUGCCUCGUCUACUAACAACAGUCCUCUUCAAACUCCUACCAGUAAUUCAGCUCAACAUUCUCCUCCUUUAUCUCCUGAAAAACCGGAGAGCUGUCCGCCUGUUAUUGAAGGUCUUCAGAUGAUCCAGAGGACUGAGAUCGUUUUAAGGGUGAAUACUACGACUUCGGACGCCUCCUCGCAAACGGAGAAGGAGGAACUGCCUCCAACGCCCUUGCCUACUCGUAAGAAGCUACAAGAAGAAAUCGACUGUGAUCUGUUAUCUGAAGACAUUAUCAGCCAGCUUUCCAGCUCGGAUAAGCUGAAGGAUAUUCUAGUUCCUGGACCCACGCAUAAAAAGUUAAGUGAUUAUGUACAAGGACUGUUCAAACCAGAAGUAACAUCUAGGCCAAGACCAGUGAACUCACCGUUCAGGAGUCGCUGUGAUACACCUAAUGAUACUCAACCCUCAAGCUUGUCACCGACCAAUGGUACUACAGUUAAACCAAGUGUUCCUUCAUCAAACAACAGCGUAGAAAUGAGCAACUCUCUAUCAGGAAAUUCAGCAUAUUUCACGACAUCAGAACCUAAAGCCAGAUUCCUCACGAGAUACUGUCAGGAUAUCAAUCAGAGUUCCUUGUCGAGAAGUACCAAAGAUUUGAAUCAAAAGAAGGAGGAGCUAGUGAACAGAUUGGGAAAGAAGCUGGACGUUCUGAAAACUGAACAGGAAGCAGUGGAAGAGGAAUCUAGAAUCAAUGAGGAAUUGGGUCAAAAUGUUGAAUCGCAUAUAAGCAGGGUGGCAAGACCUCAAGAGGCUGCUAAGUUUCGAUUGCAUGUAGCUGAAAUUGGAAAAAUUACUAGUCUUCUUCUUGGCAUCUCGGGUAGAUUGGCCAGAGCUGAAAAUGCUCUUAUUGGAAUGGCAGAGGAUCAUAACGAAAGGAGGACGCUGGAAGCCAAGAGAGAUAAACUCCAGUCCCAACUGGAAGAAGCCAAGAGUCUAAAGGAGUGCAUAGACCGUAGGAGCGUCAACGUGUCGAACAUCCUGACGAAAUAUCUGGAUACAGACGGCUACGCCGACUACGAUCACUUCAUCAAUAUGAAAGCCAAACUGAUAAUGGACUCGAAGGAGAUCGCCGACAAGAUAAAACUGGGCGAGGAGCAGCUAAUGGCCCUCAAAGAAUCCCUUACCAAUUGAGACUGAUCCUGCAUCUGUGAGAGACACACAAAACAAUCUAGUUCCCGAUCGAAGUUUAUUUAUUGGUACAAAUUGUUCUGAUCGAGAAGUGAGAUUCGAGUUUUAUCGAAUGCGCCUAGUCGAGUGACACUUUUUACUUAAUUAAUCGCUACGUUUUUACAAUAUCACGUUUAGUUUUGAUGAACGCUAAGUUAUUUCUCGCUGUGGAGAUCGGAGGAGUCGGGCGACUAAGUUGCCUGCGAAUCUUCUUCACAUGCCGAUGUAGGUUCCACCUCGCGUUUGUAAGAGCCCUCGGGAUUGGUUGCGGCCUACAUAGGCCGCCACUGCGUCUCUUACCCGUUUUUUUAAACGAUUAAGACGACCCUACCGGGGCAUAAUAGGCUGUUAUAUUUUUGCAUUUUUAACGAUUUGAAUUAAUCAUUUUGUUAACGAUAAUACAGUAUUUAUGUCUGAGAAACUGUGUCUGCAGCGAUAAGUUAAGUUAGGGAAGAAUUUUCGAUAGGUUUCGUUUCUUUGUGAUAUAAAAUUAACCUUGAUGGACAGUCCGGAAUGUCGCUGCAGACACGGAUGGAACCCUCAUACAUGAAAUUUCUGUACAUCUUCCUACCAAGUAUUUAUAAUAUAGUGUAUAGUUGAGAAUAUUUUAAGGAUAUCAACACAUAUUCCUGUUUACUCGAAAUAUUAAUGUAAUAUAUAUAAAUAUAUUUGUAUUUUAAAUAUUUUGAAUAUAAUGGUGCUCUGGAAAUUUAUCUAAGUUAUGCGUUGUGCAUUGUGAUCAGAUUUUAAAGUUAGAAAACCAGUCCAUGUUUUUCAUAGUAUUUAUAUUGAUUUGUCGUGAAUGCAGAUGGAAUAUUUUUGAGCUGUAUGCAUCGCUUGAAAUAAAUAGAAGAUUCAAAGUGA